AUGGCCCCUUCCGCCGUCGAGACCAUCACCGUUCCGGUUCCUGAGGUGAACCCCGCGAAGCUCCAGUCUGCGCACCAUAGAGGCGUCUACAAGGAGCUCGCCCCUGUCGCCUUCGACAAAGAGGCCGAGUUGGCUGGGAAGGAAGGCUUCCAGGCUGCCAAGUAUCCCCAUUACCUCCCCACCUGGAACCCAGAGCAAAAGUAUCCUGCGUUGGAGCCUUUCGAGCACUACGAGCACGGCAAGGAUGCCGACACCUCAUACAAGAACCUCCUCCCAGAGGGCACAACCGUAACUCACCUCACUCCCACCAUUGGCACUGAGGUAAAGGGCAUCCAGCUCAGCGCCUUGACCAGCGCCGGCAAGGACGAGCUUGCUCGGUUCAUCGCGGAGCGCAAGGUUGUCGCCUUCAGACAACAGGAUUUCGCGGAUUUGCCCAUCGAGGAGGCCCUCAAGGUUGGCGAAUACUUUGGUCGUCAUCACAUUCAUCCCACAUCAGGCUCUCCUGAAGGCUUCCCCGAGAUCCACUUGGUCCAUCGUAGCGCCGGUGACAACAGCGUCGACCUCUUCUUCGCCAACCGAACCUCCUCAGUCGCCUGGCACAGCGACGUCUCGUACGAGCAGCAACCCCCUGGAACCACGUUCCUAUACAUCCUCGAGAAGCCCGAGACCGGUGGUGACACCCUCUUCGUCGAUGCCGUGGAGGCCUAUAACCGCCUCAGCCCCCUGUUCCAGGAGCGUCUGCACGGCCUCAAGGCCACCCACUCUGGCAUCGAGCAGGUCAACUCGGCGGCUGCCAGAGGUGGCAUCAAGAGACGUGAACCUGUUGUGAACGAGCAUCCCAUCAUCAGGACACACCCCGCCACAGGCGAGAAGGCGAUCUAUGUCAACCCUCAGUUCACCCGUGAGAUUGUCGGUCUCAAGAAGGAGGAGUCUGAUACCCUUCUGAAGUUCCUAUACGACCAUCUUGCCUAUGGUGCCGACUUCCAAGCCCGCAUCAAGUGGGAGGAGGACACUGUAGUGGUUUGGGAUAACAGAGUUACUCAACACUCCGCCCUCGUGGACUGGAAGGACGGCCAGAGGAGGCAUUUGGCCAGAAUCACCCCCCAGGCUGAGAGGCCGUAUGAGACUCCGUUCCAGGCCAAGGCCUAG